AUGAACCAAGUGCAAAGUUUUAAAAGCGAAGGCCAACGCAACUGCGUGGGAUCUGUCGUGUCGUGCCCACAGCAUGACAACCGCGACAAAGACGAUGAUGGAAGGAGACUCAAAAGAGAAAAAAUAAAAAACAUUUGCAAAAAGAUAAACCGCCUAAGGAGAACAGUGUGUAGCUCCACUGACUACUUUAAGUGUGUCGAAAUUUUAUUUCACAAGGCGGGAUCGAAAUGUGUUGUCCCGAAGAGGAGGAAGAAACAUCUGAAGCGUGGGAAAGGGCCUGUCUCUGCCUCCCCAAAGAGGGGCAUAUUUUUUAGAGGCAAAAUUAACCACCUCGAGUUCUUUGACAGCACUAAGUUGUGCACCUUUUUUGAGAAGCACGCAGCAGAGGUGGUCCAGGGGGCGGCCCACGCGGAAGAUCACUUUGCAACCCACAAAAAUACAUUAACCAAUGGCAACGAAUUUGUUUGCCCCUUAAGAGAAGAACCCCUAUCGGUAGGGAAAAGUCGAUUAUCAAGCGGAGGGGGAGUCCCUUCCCAGACAUUCCAACCCACCGGGAAGGAUUCAAAUUGUUGUAACAACAAGUGGGGUGAUGUUAUAAGUAAUGCAAGCAGCAUGUGCAAUGCCAAUAAUGGAAAACAGCCGAGAUGGGUGAAAGCUGAUCAGCUUUCCAGGCAGGUCUUCACUAAUGAGGAAAAGAUAAAUGGAGGGAACGCCCCACAGGAUAACAAAAGAAAGAACGAGCAUGUGGACAACUCAGGUAAUUAUUCCAGCUUCAACAAGAGGAUGAAAUUAGGCGAAUCCGAAAGGGACGCUCACACAAAUAAUUUUUCAUCUGAGAAAUUGCAAAUUGAUGUUGCUCAGUUCGCACCAGGGCAGCAGGUCGAAUGGGACGAUUCACCUCGGGGCAUGCGCAUGAAAUGGGUUGCGCAAGAUGAACCCCCUGCUUACGUAGAUGGAGUGCCCCCCAAUACGAUCCUCCAACAGAUGAGCACAAUCAGAGAGGAACGCCCCGCUCGGAAAAAAAUUCUAAUGCUAAAAGUCUCCAGCAUUUUGUUCAACCAAGGGGAGGGUGCAAUGAAGAAAGUGAACCAAGUCAGAACAUUGGAAAAUUCUCUCGAGGGAAGAAAGUCCAAUCAGCGUGAUGAGGGUAAUGCUAGGUAUGUGAUGACUCUACCCACUGAUGAAGCAGAAUCUGGAUUGGCCAGAAACUUCCUUACAGAUGAGGACAACAUGGAGGACGAGCUGCACAUCAAGGAAGACAUUCAAUUCGUAUACAAUUUAUUCUGCAUAUUGGCUGUUCAUAUGAACUCUCUUUUUAGCAUGUGCACACAACUGCUUCGGUACAAUUUUUCUGACCUGAGUUGUGAGCACAAGGAGUUGUCCAAUCAGUCGAAGAGGCUCAUUAUACUGAUUCGUGAGUAUCAGAAGGAGGAGAGCUUCGUCAUCCGAUUCGCGAAAUGCAUUUUGAGCGUUUGCCGUGGGCAUUCCCGGAGGGAUGCCCACAUAGGGAAGGGAACCAACAAGGGUGAAUCACAACAUGCAUCACAACCCCCCCGCAGAGGAACCAUAACCCACUUCAACAUGACCACCCUGAAGAAGAUAAUCAGAACUCUCCUCAAAUGGGAACAACACGACGAGAACAUUCAGAUCAUGUUAACACAGAACAAAGUGGACAAACAACCACACACAUUUAAAAUGGAAAUAGUGAACCACCAGAGGGUGAAACAAAACUUUGACGUGAGGAAACUUUACUUUUGCAAAUACAACAGUGAGCUGUUGGCCUAUUUGAAGAGACUUUCCACUGUGUAUUCUCAAUCCAAUUGGGAUUCAACUGAGGGGAUUCACACGGGAGAGGUAGCAAAUGAAGUAGCCCUAAACCGAGUGAAUCUGUACCAGAAGUGCUUUUCCCCCCUGUGGAAGAUCACAAAGGGGGAGACCAACGCAGAGAAAUCAUCACGUAUUAAAUGCACAACAGGUUCAUGUAAAAGUAUAGAAAAUUUUCAUUCCACUAAUGACAAUGAUGGUUCCUUUGGGGAGGACCCACACGAAGAUGGAUGGGACAACAACACCCCCUUCAAAGUCUUCCCAAACGAGAGAAGUAACCUUACCACGAACCAGAUGAGCAUCAUCCUCUAUUUGAAUAAAAUAUUAACAGAAGAAAUUAGAUGCAGCGAGGACUUACGGAUUCGUGCAAAGAGGGAAGUAGAACAAACGGAGACUCUACUUUGGGAGGUGAAAAGGUUGCAAGACAUCUUAAGUAGAAGUGGAACCGAUGUGAAAAAUAUCAGAACGAAUGAAAGGGUUCUAUACAAAACGGUGCAAAUGGAAAGAAGCACAGAGUUUUUCUCCCACCAAGAUGGAAAAGACAUACACCUAAUGGAGCAGACAACUUUCGACGAGAAUGAAAUUGAUCAAGCCAUCUGUAGAAAGGACACCGAGUUAUUCAACGUAACAAGUGAUACCCAUGGUAUGGGGGUAAAUCCCACUACUUAUGCUUCAACGGAGGGGGAAAAAUGUGUGAACCAAUUCUACCAGCUGGAUGACUUCACAAAGGGGGACCUAAUUAGAAGGCUACCCUAUGGGGAGGGAAUUAUUGCUAGCCCUCCCCAAGAUGAUGGAAACAUAUAUAGGGUGAGAGACAUAAUUGGGAAAAUUAUCGAUCAGUUGGUGAAGUCCCACGCGGAGGCUUCCCAUCCGUGUGAUAAGGAUAUUACAUCUAAAGUAGAUGCAGUUCAGGAGGAGUCACCCUUUGAACCCAAUCAAGGAAUCAAGGAACUUAUGAAAGAAUUAGAAACGGUGAAAAAGGAGAAUUCUCAGUUUGGAGAAUUUUUGGAGAGAGAAAAAAGGCUAUCUUCCCAACUGGGUCUGGAAGUAGAAAGGCAGAAGGAAGCUAUGGUACAGAUGGAGUUGCAGCUGGAGAGUGAACGGAAGCGGAACGAGGAACUGAGGGUGAAUGUGGAAAGGGAAGAAUUAGUGAACGACGCGCUGCUUUCGCAGAUGGAGGAGGAGCGCAAGGUGGGCAGCGAGGCGAAGUCGAAGCUGGCGGAAUUGGAGGCAGAGCUAACGGAAGAAAGGGAAAGAUCUAGUUCGUUGGAGGCGAAGUUGGAGGAGCAGAAGGGGAGAAGUGACUCAUUAGAGAUUGACCUGGCGGAAGAAAGAGACAGAGUUACCUCUUUGACAGAGCAACUGCAGGGGGAGAAAGACAUAGUAACCGCACUUAAGAUACAGUUGGAGAACGAGAUGAACAGAGUCGCAUCGCUGGAGAAGGAAAAGGAGAUAAUUGGCACCAUUAAGGAAGAGUUACAAGCCGAAAGGGAAGCCAACGCAUCGAUGUUCGCUCAGGUGGAAAAGCAGAAAGAACAACUAACACAACAGGAGGAGGAGAUAACAAAAAUGAGGAAAAAGUUGGAGGAACAGACGGAGAGAAGUGACCCCUUGGAAGUAAACAACGCAAGUGAUGCCACAAACCAAUUGGGAGGAGACAAAGAAAAAGCAACGAUGAAGCGCAGUGAAGGAAAAAAAAAGGAACUUUCAGACGAACCAAAGCAAACGAUGAAUUACGGACAGCUGUACGAUGAGUUGGUAGAAACAUUGGUGGAGAAAGAAUCUCUCGAAAAAGAAAAUGAACACAUGAUGAGUCACUUUAAUGAAAAGAUAGCAAUGCUUGGAGAGCAAGCCAAGUACUUUGACGAGAAGAUAAAUCACUACAGAACUUUGUGUGAAUCAUACGAAAGGACAAACGUUCAAGUGGGCAGAUGCAUGCAAAGGUUGGAAGAAAUGAUAAAGGAGAUAGAACUGUGUCCCGACCUGAGUAAUGUUAACUGGGAAGAAAAAGUAGCUAACAUGAAGAAGGUAGCGAAGGAUAUAAAGGAGACAUAUGAAGUGGAGAAAGUAGGGACAGAUAAUCUUCUGUUCGAUGAAAUUAUAAUGGAAAAAAAUAUCCUUAUGGAAAAGAUCCUACAACUCGAGAGUGAAAAGGGGGGUCCGAUAGUACACACAACGGAUAAAGGACAGACACACAGUGGGGGGAAGGAUCUUCCAAACGAGGAAGCGGCCAAAUACAUGGAAGAAAUGAACUUCAAGUCAUUGAACGAACUAUUUUCCUUCCAUUUAAAUAUACUGAACGAGCUCAGUUUUACAAAAAACUGCUACAACCAGCUUGUGGAGGAAAACCUAAUGAAGGGGAGGGAAUACCAGAAGGAGAUUGCUCAGUUGAAGAAACUGGUGAACAAGAAGGAGAGAGAAGUUGGCGUCUCCGAUGAGAACUGCAAGUCGCUUCUGGUGGAGGUGGAAAACUUAAAGUUCAUUCUAAAUGACUUGUUCACCUGCGGGGGUGGUCGGGCACGCGCCACUCGGGGGGAGGAUGCGUCUGCAGUGGUGCAGGAAAAAGCGGAGGAGCAAUUGCCUGCAGUGGUGGAGGAGAAUGUGGAGGAGGACGUCCUUACCUCUGUCCUGGAAGAGGAGUCCAUCGUCCCUCAGGAGCCGUCGAAUAUGGCCCCCAGGGAACCAUCAACCGUGGUGCUGGAAGAAUCGUUGCUGACAGCCCCAAGCGAACCGCCGCUGUUGGCGCGGGAAGUGCCUUCCGUGGGGGAUGUAUUAUCUUCAGUGCCCCCAAAGUCCGCCAAUGACAACACACUGCAGAGCAACCCCGUAUUGAUGGACAUCCAAACUUCGAAGAACGCCCGAAGCAGCAACGCCGCCCCGACUUCGAAGGGAAAGAGGACAACACCUAGAAAUCGAACCAGUAGGGGAAAAAAAGCCACGAACAAAGAGGAUGCCAAAGAGGCGGAAAAGAAGGACGAUAAGAAGGCAGAAAAAAAAGAAGAAAGGAAAGAAGAAAAAAAGGAGGAGAAGAACAAGGUCAGCAAUAAAGAGGACACCAAAGCGGACAGCAAAGAGAAGGGCCAAAAUGGGAAUGAAACCAAAACGAACAAAGGCACGAGUGGAAAUAAAAACAGCCGAGGCAGCAAGAGCAGAGUUGGUAGCAAAAUCAUCUACGCGGAAAGCGGCAGCGCGGGAAGCGAUUCGUUCGUAAACGGUAGUGUGCUCGAUGAGGGUGGCAGGAAGUACCAACUCAGGAGCACCAACAGGAGGAAGUAA